AUGACAUCUAAAAGUUCCUCCAAACCGUCGCUGCUGAAUCGUCUUCGGUCAAAGACUUCAACACUGUCGCUGACUGGACUAAGACCGUCGCGCCGUACAUUGGGCGAUUUUCACAUCCGACUAAAUGACCCCCAUCGUGUAUACUCACCAACAGACACUGUCAAGGGAUCGGUAUGCCUCACCGUCGAAAAAGCACUAAACUUCACACACCUCGUCGUAAAUCUGGUUGGCCGCGUGGACCUGAACUUGCCGUCGACAAAGGAUUCGGGAAAGAAACGUAAGGAGUGGGAUGCAGAAUACGACGAUGGAUCCGGUGGCGGAAUUGUGCUGUGUAGGGACGAGAGCGUACUAUGUGGUGAGGGAAGACUAGAGCCGGGAAAGUACGAGUUCAAGUUCGAAUUGUUCUUCGUCCCGGUUGGGAAGAUGGUUGGAGGUCUGCCAAGUUCUUUGGAUUUUGAGAAGGGUUCAAUAUCGUACACGAUAUCGUCGACUCUAACGCGGCCUACAACGUUGUCGCCGACUACAACAUGUACAACAAAUAUCAAUCUUCUAGAGACUAUUGAUAUCGGCCGUCUACCAAAACCAAAGCCACACAUUAUCCAACUGGAGCCUAUUGUAUCUCGGCGGUCACGGAAACGACCUUCAUCACCGGCAACUACACCCUCGGUCGCCUCAUCACCAAACAGUUCCCUCGGAAAUUUACCACCUUCCUCGGACCCCGGCUAUCUAUCACCAACAUCCACUCCGGCAUAUAUAAAAUCAAAAACUAUCACUACAUCUAUCGAGAUGGCGAAUGGCGGUGCUCUUCGUGGUGACAAUAUCCCUAUAAAGAUAUCCGUCCGCCACACAAAAGCAAUCAAAUCCUUGAAUGGCAGUGGUACAUUUCGGAAGGACCUGUCACAGACUGUCAUGCCGCUGAUAAUCGACCCCAAAACCCUCACUGCUGUCGUGAGGGCCAAUCUGAGAGUCCCUGAAGAUGUAUUUCCUACAAUCAAUUCAGUUCCCGGAGGAGAGGUAUCAUUUAGAUAUUGGGUUGAGGUUGUAGUAGAUCUCGGUGGGAAGCUAAGCGGAAGGGACGAUAUAUUCAUUGGCGGCGGAACAACAAUACCUGGACUGUCUAGGCCAAAGAGUGCGGGAGAAGGGGGUGUGCGGAUAGCAAGCGAAGGGGGGGUUAUGAUUGAGACGGAAAGAAUAAGGAAACGGGAAAAAAGCGUUAUAUUUUGCAAAGUUCCGGUUGUGAUCGGCAGUGUGGAUUCAGUGACCGGAAGGGGAAGAAGGGCUGGAAUUCGGCAGAUAUCAAUACCGCAGGUACCUCAGGUAGCAGAGGAGAUGAAUAACGUGGUGGAGGUAGAAUUGGCACCACCAGCGUCUCCAACAAUACAAUUUCCUCAGGAAGAGUCAGAGGUACAUGGCGAAGGCCAGGGGAACUGGAAUGAGCAAGCACCGGACUACACGCGGCACCCAGAAGAAUCACAUUAUCAAGACAUGCCACUACCACCGCACGAACCUGAACGAGAAAACGCGGAACCACACGAAGAAAUGGACGAGAAAACACGAAUACGCUUUGCCGAACAAUCGCUCCUACCCAGUGCACCACCCGGGCUAGAAGCAGGUGAGAGCAGCGCUAGUGCUCCACCACUUACACCCGCGGAGAUGCCCGACUAUAUGUACUAUCCAUCGGCCCCGCCGAUGGAGCCUUCAGAUCAGCAUCACCAAGAUGUACAAGAAGGAGUGGACGACAAACAGGAGGCCGAAAGGCUGCGAUUGCUUGCAUCAGCGGGCAGCCCUGACGAUAAUGCAGGAGAGGGUAGCAGCAAUGCGCCAAGUGCUCCUGUAUUAGAUGAACAUGAUCUUGAGGGCGGACUGCCAAGAUACCAACGAUAA